AUGGCGGGCACAUCUCAAGCAACACCAGUCCAAAUCGUCCUUUGUUUCGAUGGAACGGGAAACACCUUUCGGGUCGACGGCACCGAGACCAACAUCCUGAAGAUUUGUCGGAUGUCGCCACGGUCUGACCACCAAUUGGUUUAUUACCAGCCGGGAAUCGGCACCGAAAUCACGGCAGGCUCACUAGCAGCCACGACUCUGAAAAAGAGUAGUCGCCUGGGCAAGAGCAAGACUCUCAGCCAGGCGCUGGGCAAGUCAUUCGAUCGGCAUGUCCUGGGUGGCUACCGCUUCCUCAUGCGACACUACCGCCAGGAUGGCAACAUUUACAUUUUUGGCUUUUCUCGUGGAGCCUACACGGCACGUUUUCUGGCGGAGAUGCUGGACUACGUUGGGUUGCUGGGCCCGGACAACGAAGAGAUGAUUCCCUUCAUCUGGGACGCUUUCUCCCGGUGGAAAUUGACUCGUUUCAACGGGACGGAGCAGGGAAGAGACGAGCAGAAACGUGCAAUGGAGUUUUUGAGACAUUGUCGAGAGACCCUGUGUCGUCCGAUGACUAGGGUCCGAUUUGUGGGCUUGUUCGACACCGUAAAUAGCAUUGCAGACUUCGAGAUCAACAACGAUGACAGAUCUAGUGCUCGCGUGAUACGGCAUGCUGUCAGUAUCGAUGAGUGCAGAGUCAAGUUUCAGCCGGUGCUGCUACCACUGCCUCGGAAAGGAUCUGGACGAAAGCUGGCUGUACCCGCCGACGAUGCCUCCCCCGACAAUCUUGGCGGUACCGAAAACAGCGAGCACGUUCACAACGGUGGCCGCAGGGCCUCCAUCCAGAACUCGGAUCCAAAUACGCUUUCUAAAGAGCUAGACGAGGAUGAAGAGGGCCAGGAUGUGGAAGAGGUGUGGUUCCCCGGCAGCCAUGCCGACAUUGGCGGGGGAUUCAGUAAGGCACCGGGUGAGUUGUGGCAGCUAAGCCACGCUCCGCUCGUCUGGAUGGUCCAAGAGGCCCAGCGUGCUGGGCUCGAAUUUGAUCAGCAAAAGCUGGAGACUUUCAAUUGUCUGGGAGAAGAGCACCUAGAUCCCUCCUCGGCGAGCAAAUUCCGCGAGGCUCUUCAGAUAUCGAGCGCGAAAGGUGCGCUGCACGAUCGUCUUGAUUUUGGAACCGGUCUAUCAGCUGCUUCUGUUCUAGCCUGGCGGUUUAUGGAGUACCUCCCCAUACGCCGGGCAAGCCUUACGCCUAGUGGUUCGUGGAAACUGGUUCACUGGCCACUGCACCGCGGCAAUCCUCGCGACAUGCCACUGGAUGCACAAAUUCAUGGCUCUGCCAUCCACCGAAUGCAGUCGGACUCGAACUAUCGCCCGGGGAAUCUCAUUGUGGGUGGUGGUGAUCCCAUUCCAAAAGACCCUGAUUAUCACGAGAUAACGGAGAUUCCUGUAGUCCGUAUUGUGUAA